AUGAACACCCCAAUGGAUGAAACGCAAUUCACUGAUAAUGCUUUGCUGAUAAUCCAAAGAGCCACUGAAUUGGCUAAAGAAGGUGCCCACUCUCAAAUUGUGCCAUUGCACUUUUUGGCUGCUAUGGUACCUACGGAUGACGAAAACUCCACUCAAUAUUUGAAGACAUUAAUCCAGAAGGGACGUUAUGAAUGGCCCGAUUUCGAAAGAAUAGUUAACAGACAUUUGGUGAAAUUGCCUUCCCAAACGCCUGCUCCUGAUGAUGUGAGACUCAGCUACGCUGCUGGACAGUUGCUUACGAACGCUAAUAAGGUCAAGGCUCAACAAAAGGACAGUUACGUUGCCCAAGAUCACAUAUUAUUGGCCCUCUUGGAUGACAACUCUAUAAAGGACAUCUUCAAGGAAGCGCAGGUAAAUGUGCAAACAAUCAAGACACUUGCAAUUGAGUUGAGAGGAAACCAAAGAAUUGAUUCUAGAAAGGCUGACUCUUCCUCUUCUUAUGAAUAUCUUGAAAAGUACUGUGAGGACUUGACGGAGAAAGCUAGAGAGGGAAAGAUUGACCCUGUCAUCGGAAGAGAAGAGGAAAUUAGAAGGGUCAUUAGAGUGCUUGCUAGAAGAACAAAGUCCAACUCCGUUUUGAUUGGUGAGGCAGGUGUUGGUAAAACCUCUAUCGUUGAAGGUGUUGCGCAGAGAAUUGUGGAUGGUGAUGUGCCUGGUAUUUUGGCGAAUGCUAGGCUUUUUGCCUUGGAUUUGGGUGCUUUGACUGCCGGUGCCAAAUACAAAGGUGAGUUCGAAGAAAGAAUUAAGGGUGUCUUAGGUGACAUCGAGAAAUCCAAAGAGAUGAUCAUUCUUUUCAUUGAUGAGAUCCAUAUGUUGAUGGGUGAUGGUAAGUCGGAUGCUGCCAACUUGUUGAAACCUAUGUUGGCUAGAGGUGCAUUGCACUGCAUUGGUGCAACCACAUUUGCCGAAUACCGUAAAUUCAUCUCCAAGGAUGGUGCCUUCGAAAGAAGAUUCCAAAAGAUUGAUGUACCAGCCACAACUAUUCCAGAGACAGUUGCAAUUUUGAGAGGUUUGCAACCAAGAUACGAAAUUCAUCAUGGUGUUCGUAUUUUGGACUCUGCUUUAGUGACUGCUGCUCAAUUGGCUUCCAGGUAUUUGACAUACAGAAGUUUACCUGAUUCCGCUGUUGACUUGAUUGAUGAAACAGCAGCUACUGUUGCUGUUCAGAGAGACUCCAAGCCAGAAGAGUUGGAUAAUCUCGAGAGACAAUUGCAUUUGCUCGAAGUUGAAAUAAAUGCUUUGGAAAGAGAUAAGGAUGCUGACUCUGCUUCGAUUGAACGUCUUGAGCAAGCCAAGCGGAAGCAGGCCGAAUUAGAGGAGCGCUUGAUUCCUUUGAGAGAGAGAUUCCAGCAAGAAAGGAAAGGUCACGAUGAAUUGAUUGCCCUUAAGAGAAAGUUGGACGAGUUAGAAGUCAAGGCUCAUGAUGCUGAAAGAAGACGUGAUAACGCUUCUGCCGCCGAUUUGAGAUACUUCGCUAUUCCCGAUGUUAAGAAACAAAUCGAAGAGUUAGAGGUAAAGGUAGCUGAAGAAGAUGCCACUCAGUCUAUGUUGAACAAUGUUGUCGGCGCUGAUGCUGUUGCUGAGACCGCUGCUAGAUUAACGGGUAUUCCAGUGACGAAAUUAACUCAAGCUGAGAAUGCUAAGUUGAUUAACAUGGAGAAGGUGUUGUCAUCUGAAGUCGUUGGACAGGGCGAAGCUGUUAAGGCUGUCUCUAAUGCUGUGAGAUUAACUAGAUCCGGUUUGGCCAACCCUAACCAACCAGCUUCCUUCUUGUUCCUUGGUUUGUCAGGUUCUGGUAAGACCGAGUUGGCGAAGAAAGUGGCUGGUUUCCUCUUUGCAGACGAACGUGCAAUGAUUAGAAUCGACUGUUCCGAACUUGGCGACAAAUGGUCAGCUUCGAAAUUGUUAGGUGCUGCUCCAGGUUACGUCGGUUAUGAAGAAGGUGGUAUUCUUACAGAGGCUGUGUUGAGAAGACCAUAUUCUGUUAUCUUGUUUGACGAGGUCGAGAAAGCUGCUCCUGAAGUAUUGACUGUCUUGUUGCAAAUCUUGGAUGAUGGUAGAGUUACUUCUUCGCAGGGUAAGGUGAUCAACUGUUCGAACUGUAUCAUCAUCAUGACAUCGAACUUGGGUGCAGAAUACAUUAACGCAUCUAAGGGCUCUAAGAUUGAUUCAGAAACCAGAGAGUUGGUGAUGGAAGCUGUUAGACACCACUUUAGGCCAGAGUUCCUCAACCGUAUCUCGUCCAUGGUUGUUUUCAACAGAUUAUCAAGAAAAGCUAUUGCAAAGAUUGUCCGCAUCAGAAUUGAAGAGAUUCAGAAGAGAUUUGCUGCUAAUGGUAAGUCAAUAACACUAGAUGUGGACGAUUCGGCUUUGGAAUAUUUGUGCACUAACGGUUACUCCUCUGAUUUGGGUGCAAGACCAUUGAAUCGUCUCAUUCAAAGAGAGAUCUUGAAUAAGUUGGCCAUUUUACUUUUGAAAGGUCAAGUGAGAGACAAGGAGACGGCGCGUGUUGUCUGUACCGAGAAGGGAUUAGAGGUUUUGCCUAAUCAUGAGGCUGAAGAUGAAGAUAUGCCAGAUGCGGCUGACUGGCAAGACAGCGAGGAUGAUGAUGAUAUGGCAGCCGCUCUUGACUAA